AUGUCGUCUCCGCACGAGGACGAAGAUCAGGAUCUUGAUCAAGAGAUUAAUGUGGACGCCGACUCGGACUGUCAAUCACGCGUAUCCUACAACAGUGGAUCCGAAGAUAUUGACCUGGAUGGAGAUGGAAAUGUGUCCUGCUACGAUGAAUCCGAUAUUGCAAGCGAUCAUCAAACACACGCGACCGAACCAACCACACGAUCACCGAACGAAAACCUGCCCUUCAGCAUAUCCCGGUUACUGGGUAAAUCGUACGAUCGUGACCAGAAGGACAAGGAUGCACACUCGGAGGACACCAGUCCGGAGGGACUCAUCAAGAACGGGCAUCACAUUACGGUCAGUUCGGCAGGAAGCUUACAGUACGCUGCUGGUGCGCUGUACAGCUAUCCCAUGUACCCUGCUGGCCAUGUGCUUCGAGUGCCUCCCCAGCGGGGACCAUGCAAUCCACUGUCCUGGACCCUGCCUCCACUACAUCCUGCCGCACUCGCCCAUCAAGCAGUGAAGGAUCGACUUGCUGCGUUCCCCAUUGCCCGUCGCAUUGGCCAUCCGUACCAGAAUAGGACACCCCCGAAGCGGAAAAAGCCACGCACCUCCUUCACCCGGAUCCAGGUUGCGGAGUUGGAAAAGCGGUUCCACAAACAGAAGUACCUGGCGUCAGCAGAGCGGGCUGCCCUUGCACGGGGUCUAAAAAUGACCGACGCGCAAGUGAAAACCUGGUUCCAGAAUAGGCGAACAAAAUGGAGGCGACAAACGGCAGAAGAACGAGAAGCUGAACGGCAGGCGGCCAACCGAUUGAUGCUUUCGCUGCAAGCAGAAGCCCUAAGCAAAGGCUUCGGCCAACCGCCACCAUCUGCUGCUGCCCCUUCCACCGCCACACCCGGUGCCCCGUUGGCGGCGCUUCACGGGCUACAACCGUGGGCCGAAGCACAUACGGCGGGAUGUUAG